UUGAUCCGAUUGCAAUGGAAACCUCAGUGGGAAUCUUUGUUGCAUUUCUUGGUCUUGCAGCCUCAACAGUUCAAUCUGCACCAGCUCAAGAAUAUUUCAGCCAACAUUAUAAAGACGCUCAAAGACAAGAAAAUGAAACGCAGUCAGACGCCAUGCUGACUUCCCGUAACACCACAACAGGAUCAAACAUUUCUCGUGGGCAACUGAUCGGCAUCGUUGUCGGCGUCGUUGUUGCUGCGCUCAUAGUCACCGUUUCUUGUGCUGUUAUGGCAGGUCUCAGUAAUUCUUGGGCAACAUUUUUUCAGUGUUUUUGUAGCUGCUGUCAAUUAUGCCUUGAAAUAGCAGAAGCAGUCGACUGUGCGCCGCUGGAUUGUGACGCGAUGCUGGAUUGUGCUUGUGACGCGAUGCGACGCGACGCUUUGAGUUUCUCCAGGGAGCCGCUAUCGCAGUUCUUCCGGUACGAAUCUGCCGCCUUCAGCCUGAGCUGCGACCUGCAGGAAGACGCUGCUGCAUGGACAAUAAAAAGGAACACGUCCAAACAAAUCAAUUCACUUUGUCCUGCAUACACUGCUGGAAGGAACGACUCUGCAUGCCUUUUAACUGAGCUUUAUGAAAUGGACUCUGGAGUGUACUGGUGUGAAUCAGAGGCUGGGAAGAUCAGCAACACCAUCAACAUCACUGUUACUGAGAGGGGAACAUUAUCUGGAAAUAUUUCAUCUGCGUUUUAUAAAGACGAGCUUCUCAUUGGGGAAAGCGUGAGAGGAAGCAUAACUCUACAGAGGGUUUCUAAAUCCGACCAAGGACUCUACAAGUGCCACGUAUCUGGAGUUGGAGAAUCACCAGACAGUUUUCUGACUGUCAGAGGAUUUCCUGAAUCGCCGCCGUCACUACCUGGAAACAUUGCACUUCUUGUGAUGGUCACUGGAGUUUCAUUAUUUCUAGUGAUGUUGCUCUGUCUAUGGAGAAACCAUCCCGACAAUUAUGACUCUUCUGUUGUGAUUUAUAGUGGAGAAAUCAACAGACAAACACAGAGAGCAACAGAUGAUCUCCAGAGGGGGCGCCACUCUGCACUGGUCACUGUGGUCGUGUACAGACCGGCCCACGGACCGGCCCUGAAACCGGCCCUGAAACCGGCCAGAGUUUGGACUUAUAAAGCCUACAGAGAAUACAGGAAGAAACAGCAAAUAUUUUCAUCUUUACAUAAUAAAAGUGCGACUCUCUCACCUGCCAACGACUAUAAUUAAUACAAAAGUUUAAAGUUAUUAGCCGUUUGUUUCAAGUUUGGACACUUUUGGUGGAAUAACUACCAUGUUUGUUUAUAUGUACAAGAAACUGUCAACUGAAUCAAUAACAUCCUUAAUCUAGAGAUCAAUAUUUUUAUUGAAAAGUUGUAAAUAUUGUAUGUUUUUAUUGUGAAACUGAGUUUCUGUUCUGGGCUAAAUAACACAACUAUAUCAACAUAAAUAUGAAUUCACAGCACAAUCCGCUAUGGUCAUAAUCCAUCUUCUAUCUAGUUCUUUGUGCUGCUUAGCUGACCUGAAAGUUUCCUUAAUUAUUGACUCGUUAAUGUCUGUAUUCAUGCAGUAAUAGCUGCCAGGU